AUGGUCUCCUUCUCUUGCGAGGCGUGUGGUGAUGUUCUCACAAAGAAAAAGCUCGAUCCUCAUCGUGGCCAAUGUCGCGGCGCCUCCUUCACCUGUAUCGAUUGCAUGGUGCACUUCUAUGGAACGGAGUAUAGAGCUCAUACGUCAUGCAUGAGCGAGGCGCAAAAGUACCAGGGUGCUCUGUAUAAAGAGAAGCCCCAGAAGGGAAAGAAGGGACAAAACAACCAAAAGCAGAAUCCGAACCAAACCCCCAACGGCCGCCAGCAGCAAGCCCGUGUGCAGGACGCUCCUCCCCCUGCUCCCACACCCCCGCCUGCCGGUGAGGUUAGAACUCCUGCUCCUGCCAACAACGACAAGCCCGUCAAUGUGUUCGACUACCUCGUCGCCGAUGAGACCCCGAACGCAUCCAAGGUCUCUGUUACCACACCAAAGGAGCAGAUGAAGAUGAACCCCAAUGCCAAGUCGGUCUUCGAGCCCAGCCAGUCCCUCACUCGCGUCGAAACCAAUCCCAACACGGAUGACGAGGGUAAGAAUUACGAUAUCGCAUACGAGGAGAAUGGUUUCUCAUACGGCGCCGGCCACAUCCCGCACUCGGAUUCACCCCCGAACGCGUCAACAACAGAGUUCGUCACGCCCGCACCUAAGAAGAAGAAGGAGCGCCGAGAGAAGGCCCCCGGCACCGUCAGCGAGAAGAAGCGCAAGCGCGGCCAAGCAGAGGUUCUCAGCACCCCGCGCGAAGACGACACCAACAUGAUGGAUGCUCCCUCCAGCAUCAUCAACAACGCCGGCACACCCAUGCUGACCCACUCCGGUCUGACCGGCGGCCUGAACCGGAUGAUGCGCUCCCAGUCCCCCGACGGCGACGACAGCCCAGAGACCAGCCGCCGUGCUUAUCAAGACACCUCGUCCCCGAUCAAGCGCAGCCGCCGCAACGGCAAAGAAGCCAAUGGCAACGGCGACCCAGGUCUCGGCAUCUCGAUGAAGAACCGCGCCGGCCGCCUUGUAUCCUCCAUGUUCGGCGGCUCAGCCGUCUCCAGCACCAACGGCUCUGAGCCCGGUUCCAAGGCCGGGGCCCGCCGCGGCAGCUCGUCAAGCGGCGACGGCCAGCUCGAAGUCCGCAAGAGCAAGAAGUCGCACCGCUCGCGCGCAGACGAUCAGGAUGACUCCCGCAAGUCCAAGCGCAAGAGCUCAAACCCCACGGACGGCGACAGACCCUCCCGCCGUCUCAAGCAAAUCGACGAGCGCCACGGCUCCGUCGACCCCUCCCAUAGUCACCAGGUCACUGUCUACAAGCAGUCGCGGCCGCCGGCGCGCACCGACGAGGAUAUGCAGCGCGAGCUGGCCUAUCACUUCCUCUCGAUGGUCGCGAAGGAUAGUGAGCGUGGUUGCUCGGUUAACAAGGCGCUUAAGCGAUUCCACCGUGAUCUCUCGACUGAGUAUGAUGGCCAUGAUGAUGGACAACGCCGCGCUGAUGAUGAGAAGGAUCUUUUCCGCGCGUUGAGGCUGAGACGGAAUGAUCGCGGUGAGAUUGUUGUGUUCAUUUAG